AUGAGCGGGCUAAACUCCCUCCUCACUCUAGAUCCCUCGCUUGAACAGCAUGACAGCAAGGUCUCCUCAGGCGGCACCGUGAGAGCAUACAGCCAUGAUACGGGUUCUGGGCCAGUGCUAUGCCUUGUUCACGGCUGGCCACAGUCCGCGUUCAUGUGGCGUCAUGUAAUCCCAAUGAUCAAGUCAAAGUACACCCUCUACAUCCCUGAACUCCCUGGCUACGGCAUCAGCUCCUUGCCGCCAAAGCCUGACAAGCGCACAGUCGGCAAACUAAUCAUCGAAGGCCUCCAGUCCGUCUUCGGAACCUCACGAAAAGUGAUCUGGUGCGGUCACGAUCGUGGAGGACGCGUAGGCCACCGUCUAAUCGUCGACAAUGAUCCUGCUCACAACAUCACUUCAGCCAUGCUGUGGGACAUCGUCCCAACCUGGGAACAAUGGAAAGCUUUCUCUAAUCCUUUGGCCGCCACAGCAUACUACCACUGGCCCUUCCUAGCCACAACGACGGCACCGCAGAUGAUCGAGAUGAUGGGUGGGUAUGAGUACAUCAAGAUGAAUCUUGAGCGUGUCAAGGGCCAGAACCCAGCUGGUGUGGCGAAAUUCAGGGAGAAUGAUGCUAUUGAUCAUUAUGCUGGGGUUUUCAGACAUCCUGAGGCUAUCUCGGGGUCUUGUGCAGAUUAUCAUGCUGGUGCUUUCGAGGACGUGGAUGAGCAGAAGAAGGAUCAGGAGGCUGGGAAGAAGGUUGGGAUUCCGACUUUCGUCGGCUACUCCGCGAGUAAUUUGGGAAGGAUGCAUGAUGUUGAAUCACUUUGGCCAGAGUGGGCGGAUGGGAAGGCGGAGCUGAAGUUGGUUGGCAUUCCCGACGGGUAUGGGCAUUAUUUGCCUGAAGAGUGUCCGGAUCAGAUUGCGAGACUGAUCGUGGAGUGGAUGGACAAGCAUGGCAAGUAA